AAUAGGCCCUUGCAGGCUUCCUUCACGGGCCUAAUUAAACUACACAUUGGGCAAGCGGUGUAGUAAUCUCCGACGCAUUACUAUGCUCCAGCCCAGUAGGAGGCGGUAGUACGGCGUAAACUAACUAUAAACAAGCUAUAAUCGCCAGUGUUUCCGUUUAGUUGGUGGCGCUAAUGCACCAUAAAAGUUGUUUUCCAUUCGCCAAUAACACCAUGAAGAAGAAGAAGGAGAAGGGUUUCCGGUUAAGUACAGUUUAGAUGACGCUUCCCUGGUGGAGUUUGGAUACGGCUACGUUUACAUUGUAGUGUCCAGCGCUGGUGUAGAAACUGAGGCUGUGGUGAGUAGCUGUCAUCUGAUUCACUAAGGGUUCCUACCUGGGGGGUUCCCCUCCACGACACACACUCAUACACAAGGAUUACUUCAGAGUGCCAUCAUGGUGUUGGCUGACCUGGGAAGGAAGAUCACCUCGGCGCUGAGGUCACUCAGCAAUGCCACCAUCAUCAAUGAGGAGGUGUUGAACGCCAUGUUAAAGGAGGUAUGUGCGGCUCUACUGGAGGCAGACGUUAACAUCAAACUAGUCAAACAGCUGCGAGAAAACGUCAAGUCUGCUAUAGACCUGGAGGAGAUGGCUUCAGGACUGAACAAGAGAAGGAUGAUCCAACAUGCUGUCUUCAAGGAGCUGGUGAAGCUGGUCGAUCCUGGAGUGAAGGCCUGGACUCCUACCAAAGGGAAGAACAAUGUCAUUAUGUUUGUUGGCUUGCAGGGCAGUGGCAAAACUACAACCUGCUCCAAGCUUGCUUAUUAUUAUCAGAGGAAAGGCUGGAAGACUUGCCUGAUCUGUGCCGACACCUUCAGAGCAGGUGCAUUUGAUCAGCUCAAACAAAACGCAACCAAAGCCAGGAUACCUUUCUAUGGCAGUUACACUGAGAUGGAUCCUGUGGUUAUCGCCGCUGAAGGUGUUGAGAAAUUUAAAGGCGAAAACUUUGAGAUCAUCAUUGUGGACACGAGUGGAAGACACAAACAGGAGGAUUCGCUGUUUGAGGAGAUGCUUCAAGUCUCCAAUGCAGUGCAACCAGAUAACAUUGUGUACGUGAUGGACGCAUCUAUCGGUCAGGCCUGCGAGGCUCAGGCUAAAGCAUUUAAAGACAAAGUGGAUGUAGCGUCAGUAAUUGUCACAAAACUAGAUGGACACGCUAAAGGAGGCGGAGCUCUGAGCGCUGUGGCGGCCACCAGGAGUCCCAUCAUCUUCAUUGGAACAGGGGAACACAUCGACGACUUUGAGCCAUUUAAGACUCAGCCUUUCAUCAGCAAACUACUGGGAAUGGGUGACAUUGAAGGACUGAUCGACAGAGUGAACGAGCUAAAGCUGGAUGACAAUGAGGAGCUGAUAGACAAGCUGAAACAUGGUCAGUUCACCCUUAGGGACAUGUAUGAGCAGUUCCAGAACAUCAUGAAGAUGGGACCCUUUGGACAAAUAAUGGGUAUGAUUCCAGGUUUCGGUACAGAUUUCAUGAGUAAAGGAAACGAACAGGAAUCAAUGGCCAGACUGAAGAAACUCAUGACCAUCAUGGACAGCAUGAACGACCAGGAACUGGACAGUAAAGAUGGGGCAAAGCUGUUCAGCAAGCAGCCCAACAGAAUCCAGCGUGUGGCCCGUGGCUCUGGAGUUGCAACGAGAGAUGUUCAGGAAUUACUCACUCAGUACACUAAGUUUGCUCAGAUGGUGAAGAAGAUGGGAGGCAUCAAGGGCCUAUUUAAAGGAGGAGACAUGUCCAAGAACGUGAACCCAUCUCAGAUGGCCAAACUGAAUCAACAGAUGGCCAAAAUGAUGGACCCUCGGGUCCUGCACCAUAUGGGAGGCAUGGCUGGUCUUCAGUCUAUGAUGCGUCAGUUUCAGCAGGGAGCCGCUGGCAACAUGAAAGGCAUGAUGGGAUUUAACAACAUGUGACCACCCACCAAUCUGCUGCUUUAAUACAAAAAAAGUGCUUCUCCUCCUUGCAGGUGGAGGAGGUGGGGCAACCCGUCUUUUGCUGCUUUGCACCAACAAAUAAAAUAAAGGUUGUCCUUAAAAAAAAAAAAAAACAUCGUGGAUAAAUUGUGAGGAGUAGUUAAACUUUUCAGAAAAUGUUUUUGUCACAGAAACCUUUGGAAAGUUCCUUGGUCCAUUGGAAGGUGAGCUGAUAUUUAAUGGGCCUCGUUUAGUUUGGUUGGUAAAAUGUUUCCAUGUAAAAUUAAAACAGUGAUCCAUUACAUGAGUAAAUGCCACAUGAUGAAAAUGAUGAUGAAAUUGAGUAGUGACAGUAUUUUUGUCAUAUAAUAAACAUUUUUAUUGCAUAAUUUUAAA